AUGAACAAUCUAUUGAAAGGAUCAAUCAAACUUGAAGAUAUCUCAGAACCAUUCAAGAUUUUCUUAGAGAGAAGUGGAACAGGUAGAGUUGAAUGCUGUCAUGUGCACCCUGGCUUCGAUUGUCAUUCUUGGUUUAUCUCCAAGUUUCCUAUUGUCUUUCGUAAUUGCUUAGGCAUUUAUUCUGCCAUUCAUAUUCUUCCACUAAUGAUUUUUAAGUACAAGCAGCUCAAGGAAAAUCCUAGGAAAGUUCUAAAGCGAGCCCUAAAAAACUUGAUUAGAUCAACUUUAUUCCUGACAUUUUAAGUUAUGCUGGUGCGUUUUGGAUGCUGUUACUUACAAAGAAUAUUUGGAUCAAACUAAUGGGUGGGGCUGUUUACUGGCAUUCUGUCUACAAGUUCUAUCAUUUUUGAGGAAGCUAGUCGAAGAGUUGAAUUGACUUUGUAUGUAGUCCCAAAGGUAGUACAAACUUUCAUUUAAUUCUGCCUACGAAGGAAUAACUUUUUAAGAUAAACCAUUGGCAGCCAAGUGAGUUAGAAUGUUUUGUAAAAAUUCUGUCUAGCAAUUGGAAUGGGGUUAUUGAGUGUAGGAGCAAUAGGAAAAGAUGAAUUUGUUAAAAAGAGUUUCGCAAAUAUUUUAAAAGGAUUAUGGCAAUGA